AUGGAUGAGGAUCUGGUGCUGGCACUACGGCUUCAGGAGGAGUGGAACUUGCAGGGUUCGGAGCGCGACCGGGCCCAGGCGCCCCUGUCGCUGGUGGACGCGUCCUGGGAGUUGGUGGACCCAACCCCGGAUUUGCAGGCCCUGUUUGUGCAGUUCAACGAUCGGUUCUUCUGGGGCCAGCUGGAGGCCGUCGAGGUGAAGUGGAGCAUGCGAAUGACCCUGUGUGCUGGGAUAUGCAGCUAUGAAGGGAGGGGUGGAAUGUGUUCCAUCCGUCUCAGUGAACCUCUUUUAAAGUUGAGACCAAGAAAGGAUCUCGUAGAGACCCUCUUGCAUGAAAUGAUACAUGCCUAUUUAUUUGUCACUAAUAAUGAUAAAGACCGGGAGGGGCACGGCCCAGAGUUUUGUAAACAUAUGCAUCGCAUCAAUCGCCUGACUGGAGCCAAUAUAACGGUGUGCCACACUUUCCACGACGAGGUGGACGAGUACCGGCGACACUGGUGGCGUUGCAGCGGCCCGUGCAGGGACAGGAGGCCCUACUACGGCUACGUCAAGCGCGCCACCAACCGGGCGCCCUCUGCUCACGACUGCUGGUGGGCCGAGCACCAGAAGACCUGCGGCGGCACUUACAUCAAAGUCAGGGAGCCAGAGAACUACUCCAGAAAGGGCAGAGGAAAGGCAGUGCUGGGGACGCCGCCAACAGCCCCAGGAGAUGAAGAGAAACUCAACAGAGGUGAGACCCAACUGUUAAUCCCUUUCAGCGGGAAAGGAUAUGUUCUCGGAGAAACGAGCAAUUCGCCUUCAUCUGGGAAGUUUGUCACUCCAUAUGCUAUUAAUAAAACCCAAGAUCUUUUAAGUCAAGACCAUUCAGCGAAAGCUCUCAGACCUAAUUCUAAAAUUGAGGUGAAAUUGGAACAGAAUGGUUCGAGUAAAAAAACUCCUCUAGUGUCCCCUGUUCUCACUACCAGUCACCAAAAUGUCUUAAGCAACUACUUUCCUAGAGUCUCAGUUGCCAGUCAGAAGGCCUUCCGAAGUGUGAACGGAUCUCCAACGAAAAGCCUAGCAGCUGGUGACAUCGCUAAAAACUCAGUCUCUUCUGGUUCUCAAAGAAGGGUCACCUCUUCGAAGAAACCCCUGAGAAAUUCUUUAAAAGCACCGCAAUCAACGUCUGUGACUGCACCCCAGGAUGUGAGUGGGCCUGAAGAGACAUUCCCAAGUAAACGACCCAGGCUAGAAGACAAGACUGUUGUUGACAGUUAUUUUAUCAAGAAAGAGCAAGUACAAAGUGGUGGAAAUGCUCCAAAGUGGAGUCCCCAUCCUACAGCUGCGACUCCGAACCCCAGCAGCUCAGCCAGAAUGGUUGUUUGUCCCGUCUGUCAGAAUGAGGUUGUGGAGUCUCAGAUUAAUGAGCACUUGGACUUGUGCCUCGCAGGGGAUAGCAUCGAAGUCGAAAGUUGAAAAAGUCUUGGAAAAACAAAUGGUGUCACACGCCACCUGUAUUACCCCACGAAUAGGGGGUCGGCCACUCCGGAAGUUCGGUGAAAGUAAUACUAAGAUUUGUAGGUUAAUGAUCUAGUUUUGUUUGAUAUAUACAUAUAUGAGAUUGUAGUGGAAAAUAUUCUGUGUUGAAAAGGGCUAUAUUUCCACUCUUGCCUUGCGUAUCCUGUAGCCCAGAGUUCAUUCUGCGUGUUUACAUGUAUAAUUUUUAGAUACUGUUGUUCUCUCUUGCUCUUAAAGGUAUUUGAUUAAAGGUAUUUAAUCUUUUUAUUUAUAUACUUCCCUCAAAAUAUUCAGUGAGGAAUCCUGCCAGGUAUUUGGCUAAACUGAAUAUUUAUUAAUAUUAAAACUCAGUCCCAGAACUGAAGUUAAUAUUCAGAACGUCAAGACACAUCGACCAAAAAUACAAUCUGGAGGACAAAGUGUAUCAGUUGUUUUAGGGUAUUCACCGUUUUUGGUUUUUUGGUUUCUUUUUUUAAUCUUAGGAGGAAAUGCAUUUUCUGUAUUUUAAAGAAUUUUAUUUUCUGUCAUCACUAAAAAGGUGGCAGCAGGUUUUAGGUUAAAGUACAGAAGGAAUAUAGUUUGAAAUAAAAAUUUUAGACUAUUACUCCUGCAAUCCCGUAAGCCAGAGUUGAGCAGUUUUCUCACAAUGUAGCCAAAUGAGUGGGUCAAGUGCUUGAGUAACUGGCCUAAGUAACAUCACCGAGUUGCCUAGUUUAUGUUAACAGUGGAACAUUAUCUGGAAACAGUAUCACGAACCUUAAGCCAAAGUUGUAACCGUUAUAAUAAAAAGGACAUUUUAAAAAGUAUAAUUCUUUUUGAAAACAUCCCUUUCCAUGUUACAGCAAAGAGACAAAGGUCCUUUUAUCCUAAGUUUACUUUCUCAUGCCUGUUACCUCUAGCAUGUUGGCUUUUUUCCAAGAGUUUAGUUCACAAGUUUUCUUUUUUCUGACCUUUGUUGCAACAUGACCCACACACCUGAGGGGCCAGCUCUGAAGUGUGAACUUGGACUUGUGAACUUGGACUUGGACAUCGUGCUCUCCUGGGCGGUGGCUGCCCAGGUCAGGGAGGGAACGUUGCGGCUCCCGCAGGAGGCGGCCGCAUGGGUGCCUCUUCACGGGCCCCAGCCACCGCCUCCAAACGUAACCACUGUUUACAUCUCGUCCCCAGGGGUUGCUUGAGCUUGUCUUUGAACUUCAUAAAGCCCUGCCCUCGUUGCCACGUUAGAAGUUCCUUCUGUUUCAUUGCUCUGCAGCGUCUGUCUGAAUAUGCCAGUUUAUCCGAGCAUUCUAGUAUUACCGGACGUGGGAAUUAGUCCCAAUCUGAGGCUGGCUCUUAUGAGUAAUGCUGCUGAGAAUAUUCUUACUCAUUGCCGUUGGGCAUAUACCCAGGACUGGAGGUGCCGGGGCACAGGGUGUUUGCAGGUUUGACUUUAGUAAAUACUGGCGGCGAUGUAGGAGAGUUCCAAUUGUUCAACUGUCUUCACACUGUUAUCAGUCCUUUUCGUUGGCUCAUCUGGUUGAGUGUUUACAAGUUUUGAUAUUUCUUAAGUAUGAAGUUGAAAAAUGGUAUUUUAAUAAAUAUUUAUAGAUAAAUGA